UAUUCUGAAAGGAAGGCUAUCAGUGACGUCACAUAUCACGUGAAUGAUUCUCCGAUAUUCAGUUCCAGUGACAUAAACACAUCAAUGAUCGGUGCUCUAUUUUGAAGGAACUAAAAGAAUCACGGGAAACGAGACGGGUACUAACAAGCUCACGGAGAAUACAAAUUCUUUAUUUUGGACGUUGGUGAAAUGACAAAUAGGACAUGGAAUCGUAACGUACUCUCUAAAGUGGUUUUAGGGUUUUUAUUUCUGGGUGUCUCAUCGACAUGGAGUAAGGAGGUUUUGACAAAUCAUUGGUAUGUGGAAUUAGAUGGUGAUGGAGGGAUAGAAUCGGCAAAACAGGUGGCCAAAAGGACGGGGUUUACAUACUUAGGACCGGUUUUAGGUUCUUCAAAUGAAUUUCAUUUUGUGCAUUCCGCUGUGCCAAACAUCAGGAUAAAAAGAAGUAUUGGACAUACGAGAUUGCUUAAAGCUCAUCCUCAGGUAAAGCGCGCUGUUCAGCAAACAGGGUACCUUCGAGUGAAGAGGGGAUUCAAGACUAGAAUCACUGGAGUUCCUGUUUCAGAGAUCAAGCUCAAACUCCAGUCCCUGAACGACGACAAUUUCAAAGAUGUAAACGUUAACAUUGAUAACAAGAGUCCAACGGAUCCAUUGUUCGAAAAAGAGUGGUAUUUGAAAAAUGUGGGGCAAUCUGGUGGUAUUCCUGGGUUAGAUCUGAAUGUGGAGGCAGCAUGGGCCCGGGGAUUUACAGGCAAAGGCAUCACAACGGCUAUCAUGGACGAUGGAAUCGACUACCUGCAUGAGGAUCUUCGUCACAGUUAUAAUGCCAAAGCUAGUUAUGAUUUCAGCAGUAAUGACCCCUACCCCUACCCACGCUACACCGACACGUGGUUCAACAGUCACGGCACUCGGUGUGCUGGGGAAGUUGCAGCCGCCAGAGACAAUAAUAUAUGUGGAGUAGGAGUAGCUUACGACUCGCGCGUGUCAGGUCUAAGAAUGUUAGAUCAACCCUUUAUGACUGAUCUCAUAGAAGCUAAUGCCAUGGGUCAUAUGCCAAACGACAUUGAUAUAUAUAGUGCCAGCUGGGGACCCACGGACGAUGGCAAAACUGUAGACGGACCUCGCAACAUGACCAUGAGAGCCAUCGUGCAAGGCGUGAACGAGGGGCGGCAUGGACUGGGAAACAUUUACGUGUGGGCCUCUGGGGACGGGGGCGCGGAUGACGACUGUAACUGCGAUGGGUAUGCCGCCAGUAUGUGGACGAUAUCCAUCAACUCCGCCACCAACGACGGCCAAACAGCCGGAUAUGACGAAUCCUGUUCCUCCACUCUAGCGUCCACAUUUAGCAAUGGCAAGAGUACUUUAAGAGACGCCGGCGUGGCGACAACGGAUUUGUACAAUAAUUGUACCACAACUCACUCAGGAACAUCUGCAGCCGCACCGGAAGCUGCUGGUGUUUUUGCCUUGGCGCUGGAAGCAAAUCCUAAACUGACUUGGAGAGAUAUGCAGCACCUGACAGUAUUAACGUCAAAGAGGAAUAGGCUCUUUGAUCCCUAUCUGAAGCAUCACUGGAAGUAUAACGGGGCAGGCCUGGAGUUCAACCAUUUGUUUGGUUACGGAGUACUAGAUGCUGGUGGCAUGGUGGAUUUGGCACAGAAAUGGAAACCGCUUCCGGAGCGAUUCCACUGCACAGCUGGAAGCGUCAAGAGAGAAGUGAAAUUUGGCACAGAACAACCCAUAGAAUUAAAAAUCGACACUGACGCCUGCACCGGAACUGAGAAUGAAGUGAACUACCUGGAACAUGUACAAGUGUUUGUUACAUUGAAAUCCUCAUACAGAGGAAAUGUUGUCAUGUUUGUGACGUCACCAAUGAAUACAACAACUAUGGUUCUGAGCCAGCGACCCAAUGAUGAUGACCACAAGAAUGGUUUCACUCGAUGGCCUUUCAUGACUACCCAUACAUGGGCAGAGAACCCAAGAGGCCUCUGGAAGCUGCAAAUAUCAAUGGCCCCUGGUAAAAACAACGCCAUGGACACGGGAACCUUUUUUGAAUGGACCUUGAUUCUUCAUGGUACCAAGGAGGCGCCAUAUGACAAGCAGGUCGAGAAUGAACAAAAGCAUGCCAAGCUUUACAAAGUCAAAAGAAUCCAUGCCGCCAUGAAAAAGGCAUAAAAUGAUUGUUGAUGUUCUUUAGAGCUGUUGUCCAUAACAGAAUAUACGGAUUAGAGAAAAUUAGAAAACAACAUUGUGCCUACUCCAAUUUUGGCCAUAUUUAAGAUUCCUACUUUCCCGAAAGAAAUGUAAUAACUUAUAUUUGAAGGCGCACAGAAUAUUUCUUGUAUAAUGCAGAGGUCAAGUUCUCUCAUACUUUACAAUUCUUAAAUGUCAAUUAUUAGUACUCACCAAUGUUAUUGAAAAUGUCUAAACAGAAAUUUUGAAGAUUUAUUUUUUGUUGUUAUUUGUUGUUGUUAAUGUUGUUGUUAAUGAAAUACAUAUAUUUAUCAUCCCAGAAAUAUUGAAAGUCAAAUGAAUUCGAUAGAAUAUAAAUCAGUAUUACAAUAAAUGAUCGAACAAGAGAUGCGUAUAUAAGUACAAGUAUAUAUCUAAAUCGCGUUCAUUGUCAAAAAAUGGUUCUGCAUAGUAUUAUGGGCAAACCGACGUGUAGAACUAGUUUGUGCACUAGGAGUGAUCAAACGUAUGCCAAACUAGUAAUUCAAAUGCACUGCAUUUUGAUAUUUGGAUUCAUUAACAUUAUUUAGAAUUACUAAGUUGAAUUUAUUUAUUUUUCGAAGUUCUACGUACGCAAAUCCAGGAAAUUUUUGUGCAAGUGCAAGCACUAAAGAAAAGUGAUAUGUCUGUUGGUUUCUUUUCAUAUCAUUUUAGAAUCAAAUUUAUUCAAAUAUAGAAAUAUAUACGCGUAAGCAUUAUUUGAAUUGAAUAUUCUUUAACAAUAAACAUCUUUCAAAAACCCUG